AUGAAAGAAGAGUCUCAGGCAUCAGCUAAGCUCCAGUGCUUGCUGUUUUCUGUGCCAGCGUUGAUUCAGGUGUACUCAUCUGAACAGAAGCGUUUGUUUUGCACUGUUUCCCCCGUCUGCUCGCCCUUCCUUGGCGCGUUCGGCCGGAGCCGCGCUCAGCGCAGCAUCCGCGGCUGCUGCUCCUGGGCGAGGGCACGGCAGAGCCAACCCAGCCGAAGGACGGGCUGGGCCCAGCUCGGCCGGUUCGGUGCCGGUUCGGUGCCGGUGCUCGGUGCGCUGUCUCCGGGCAGGCGGCCGCUCGGAGCGGACCGGCGCUGCGCUGGGCACGGCCGGGGGGCUCCGGCCGGCACGCACAGAAACACGGCCCUGCCGAGGGAAACCCGGCCUCCCGCAGGGAUUCCCGAAACUGCCUGCGGCAGGGAAUCUGUGCCAGGUGAGUGUCGGUGUUCCCCGUCUCCCCUGCCGGGUCCGGCGGUGCGGAGCUGCAGCCGCCUGCGCAGGCUGCCCGGGCAGAGCACGCUCCAGGACAGCAUCCUCUGCUUUUCUGUUUAUUUACACCGAAGUACUGGAGCAAGGCCAGAGGAGGGAUUUUUUUCCAUUAAAACUGUUUUCCCAAUAACACCUCAGAUGCCUAAGAAACUCUCCACCACAAAAACUGCUCUACCUAGCAGUCAUGCUGCAACAGGUUUGGAAGAAAGGAAUAACAGGAGAGUUGAAACAGAAAACCCUGGUUUAGGUAAUGGGAUAACGGAGUCCAGUCUUCCAAUGGUCCCAGAGGUUGGAUAUAGCAUUGCAGAAAGUGGUGAUGUGAAAGUCUGAGAAAAUUCUAGCUGUGUCUGGAAAGGAUGUCAAGAGGGGACUGUGAAUUCUUCAGUGUAUUUCAAGAAGGAUUGUGAUAUGUCCCCUUCAUAUAAAAUGGAAUCACUUCAGGAUGGAAUCACUCAUACAGCUUCCUUCAGCUUUCCUCUAGAGCUAAACAUGCUGGGCUAGAGCCUUAAGAAUCUCAUUGCUAUCACUGUAGGACCUGCUGUACACAUCUGGAAUGGAUGAACUCUUCAAGCCCUUGAAAACAUUGAUUUGAAUUCCAGUUCCAAACACACUCCAUGUCUGGCUUGGAUGAAAGGAAUAUGCCUUGCAAUUUUCACCAGUGAUGAGGAAGUGCAAUUGUGAAACACUGAAACCAGAAAGAGGCUGAGAAAUACGUUUGGCCACCUGUAAUUGGAACUCAUUAAACCCAUGCUGUCUUUUCUCCUCUGCAGUGGUUCACUACUAGAAUUUAUCCCUCACUGUGAUGUUCAGCUUGCUCAGCACCAUGUUGUGAUUCUUUGUCAAAACAAACAAAGCAUUUGCAGCCUGAAAUUGUCACUAGCCAACUUGUUGCUGGCAAUUGGGUCUAGGAGUGGUAUAUUGAAUAUCCUUAUUGAAUUCCUUUCUUACCACAACCGCUCGGAAGAUCUCGGGUGUACGAGGAGGCAGGGCCCCUCCCUCUCCAUAGCGUUGCCAAGUUACAGAACCACAAAGGGAGUGGCGUGGGCACACCAUGGGCAAGCAGGGAAGCUGGAGUUUUAUGAGGAUAUAUGGGACAGUGUAGACUAUGAAACAAGGGCAAAGGACGCAGCAUUUGAAGUUUUGGGAUCCUACAUUGCCCUGAGUGUUAUGACCUGGUGUCCUUGGCAGUCAAAAGUCCUUGCUACAGGAGGUGGAAUGAAAGAUGGGAUUUUGUGUGUCUGGCACAUAAAUUGUGAGAAAAUCAUCCAAAGUGCAAUUACAGAUUUGCAGAUUUCUUCCUUGCUCUGGUUACACAGUGAACUGAUGAUGGGACAAGGUCCUGGAAGUCAGAUGAAAAUGUGGGAGUAUCCCAUGCUUGUCAAUUCAUUAGAACUCCAAGGAAAAUAUUUCAGUCACAAAGGGAGAGUCUUGCAAAUAACCCUGAGCCCAUAUCAGAGAAGGCUCUUUUCUGUUGCAGAGGAUGGGAUGUCUUGUCUGUGAAAAGAACAAUGGUCUGGGGAGAGCAUGCACAGCAACAAAGCUUUUAAAUAA